AAACACAUGGUUGGAAGAAUCGCGCGAAAGGGUCACUCAAAAUAAGUGUGUGACAGUUCUGCGCUUGCUACCUAGGAGGGUUAAUGCAAUAUCUUCGCUUGCAAUUAAAAAUCUACAUCAAAGUACAGCAUUGAACUAUGUAUAGACAGUGAACCCACUCGUACUAUUUAAACAACUUAGUUAAAGGUGUCCAGCUUUGUUUGUAAGGACGUAAAACCAGUUGAUAGUUAGCAGCUAACUUUAGCUGGCUAGCAUAAUCGUGCUAAUUCUAUUGUAACGCACUGGCUAGCUAGUUUAGCUACAGUUUAAGACGCCUGUUUUCUCCAAGCUCGCUCGAAAUCUGCAAUUGUAUUUAGAUACCUUGUUUAAAUAAAAUUGGAAGCUAACGGCAACUAGUUAGCUACCUAGCAAAGAGAUGGCGGAGAGACCGGAGGACCUUAAUUUACCCAACGCUGUUAUCACGCGUAUUAUCAAGGAGGCGUUACCAGAUGGUGUGAAUGUGUCAAAAGAGGCCAGACGAGCCAUUUCUCAAGCUGCCAGUGUUUUCGUCCUUUAUGCAACGUCUUGUGCAAACAACUUUGCCAUGAAAGCAAAGCGGAAAACUCUAAAUGCAACAGAUGUAAUGUCCGCAAUGGAGGAGAUGGAGUUUGAACGUUUCUUGCAGCCUCUACGUGAAUCUUUGGAGGCUUAUAAAAAGGGCCAGAAGGGGAAGAAGGAGGCCUCUGAACAAAAGCGCAAAGAUGCUAAGGAAAAAAAGAGCGACACCGGGGAGAAUGACAAGAGCAGGGAGGAUGAAGAAGAGGAGGAAGAGCGCAUGGAGGAAGACCAGGAAGCUGAGAAUGAUGUUGAAGAGGAAGAAGUUGAGAAUUGAAGACUUGACUUUCUAGUACUGAUCAAACCACUGAUGUGUAGUUAAAAGGCUCUGAUGGAGUAUUUCAGGCUCUGUUGGAGUACUUCAAAAUGCAAACUUUAAUGUGUUCAAGGCCCAGUGCAGUCAAUGUUUUCAUGAUAUUUCCACACUAUACGGUUGAAAAGACGCCAUGUUAAAUUUAGUCAAAUUUAUGAGGAUGCCAUUUUUGUUUGAGUGCUGGAAUUGCUCGCUUUUCGGGUGGGCAGGUACUCCCGGCCAGUCAGGUAUGAGUACUGACAAAACGUCCUUGGUUUCAUAAUGCCAACUCACACUGGGCGUUUUGUAUGCCAAAGGAAGCUCAGGGAAAUAUGUUAAUAUAUUUUAUAGUUAUAUUUAAAAAAUAAACAGUGAUUGGACAUGGAUUGUAACAAUCAAAUUAAUGACUGCAUUGGGACUUUUACAUGCUUAGCCUCUUCUACACAGCCUUCAGAUAGUUAUCCUUCAAGGUGAAUUAUUUCAUUGUAGGUUGCUUUCUACAAGCAUUCAAGUAGGAUGUUUGGAUGGAUGUAAUAUUUCUAUUCCGAUAUCUUCCAGCAACUUGCUCGCUUAGAACAAAGGGAGUUGAAUUUAGACCAACAUUUCUUCAUUUGCUGGAAUAAAGCACAGUUCAAACCUGAAUGGCCUUAAACCAUGGUAAAAUGCCAGAUUAAUAAGUUGUGUCAUGGAUGACAUGCUCUGAUGUAAUUCCAGUGACAUGUCACUUGUGUUUGGUAGGUCUGUCCACCCACUCAUGGCCUUCACUGAGCUUUAAAGGAUGUACUUCCUGUAUGUAUCCAUUUUGUUUUACAACAGUUUACAUCCCUGUCCUCAUUAGAAUGGCCCGUGUGAACUCUCCAUCCUUAGGAUUUGUGGUGCUUAGUCGUGACUCAGGCUUUGAUAUGAUUUGAUCAGUUUAGCAUUUAAGAGUUGGCUAAUUAGGAUGUAGUCAGCCAUGUGUUGCCUGUAACUCUGGCUGUGUCCUGAUCCAAAUGGGAAGUUACCAAAGUGAGCUUUUAUGUAGGUCACAUACUUUGUAGUUUACUUUUUGUACAGAUUAUCUAGACUACCAGCAGACCCAUCAGGGGGUUAAUGUGUACUUUUGUAGGGUGGGGACACUUUCAAUAAACAUUUUGUAUUAGCA